GAAGUUUAACGCUGGCCCGGGUGUGGGAUUGAGUGGACAGUGCCGGGGAAGUUUCAGUGGGGAGGAGACUGGAGCUGUCCGCUGUGCUGAAAGGCGCACAGGGAGCUGUCCGGCUGCCGCGGUGCUGAAAUACUCCACUCGACUCCACUCAACUUGGGCCGUGUAGCUCACGACUUGCUCCCCCGACACGAUACCAUACCAUACCAUACGAUAGAACUUUAUUUAUCCCAGGAGGGAAAUUGACUCUGACGAAAGGCGUGGGUACAAAGGACUUACCGCCUCCCGACAGCAAGAUUAAUCCGUGAAACCAUGACCCAAUCGAAUCGAAUGUGCCUUGAGCACAUGUAAUCCGUCGGAAGAAAAAAAAACAUGUCUCUGUUUUACUAUCUUGUCCACGGGACACGUUAUAUUUCUGUUACAACCCACCAAUAGAAUUAUCAAGGACGUUGGGAAAGAAAAAGCGGUCACUUUACUAAACUUCUUAUAAUAUAUUCCGAGCGGCCUUAAAUUUCGCGAUGGUUGCAACUGGAAUUGUUUAGGGCGACCCGCUGAUCAGAAUAACUGCACACAUUCGCGGCGGGGUCGUAGCUGGCGGCAAUAUGGAGAUAAGGAAGGAACAAUUGAGGAAAUUGGCUGGUGAUGGCCUGGGACGCCUGCACAGGGUGCUGGAGAAGAGGCAGAAUGUGGGCGAGACCAUCGAGCUGACGGAGGAGGGGCGAGUGGUCGGCGUGGCCGAGAAGCAGAAGCCACUGCUGGACUGCACCUGUUUCGGGCUGCCCAAGCGCUACCUCAUCGCCGUCAUGAGCGGCCUGGGCUUCUGCAUCUCCUUCGGCAUCCGCUGCAACCUGGGCGUGGCCAUCGUCAGCAUGGUCAACAGCCACUCUGUCAAACGCAAUGGCAAGCUGGUCAUGGAGAAAGCCAUCUUUAACUGGGACCCGGAGACAGUGGGGAUGAUACACGGUUCGUUCUUCUGGGGCUACAUCGUUACGCAGAUUCCCGGAGGAUACAUCUCACAGAGGUUUGCUGCCAACAGAGUGUUUGGCUGGGCGAUCGUAGCCACAUCUUCACUCAACAUGCUGAUUCCCUCUGCGGCCAAAGCCCAUUACAGCUGCGUAAUAUUGGUCAGGAUUCUGCAGGGCCUGGUUGAGGGGGUGACGUAUCCCGCCUGCCACGGAAUCUGGAGCAAGUGGGCUCCUCCGUUGGAGCGAAGCCGACUGGCCACCACCUCCUUCUGCGGUUCCUAUGCUGGGGCGGUGGUGGCCAUGCCUCUGGCUGGGGUCCUCGUUCAGUACUCAGGGUGGCCUUCAGUCUUCUACGUCUAUGGAAGUUUUGGCAUGGUGUGGUAUGUAUUCUGGCUGCUGGUGUCGUUCGAAAGUCCAGCCAAACAUCCCACCAUCACUGAAGAAGAGAAGACUUACAUCGAGGAGGCCAUCGGGGAAGGGGGCAACCUGAUGAACCCACUGGUGAAGUUCAAGGCUCCCUGGCGCAAGUUCUUCACCUCGAUGCCCGUCUACGCCAUCAUCGUGGCCAACUUCUGCCGCAGCUGGACAUUCUACCUGCUUCUCAUCAGCCAGCCCGCCUACUUUGAGGAGGUGUUUGGAUUAGAAAUCAGCAAGGUGGGCCUGCUGUCCGCUCUGCCCCACCUCGUCAUGACCAUCAUCGUCCCCAUCGGCGGGCAGCUGGCGGACUUCCUCCGGAGGAAGAACCUCAUGUCCACCACCAACGUCAGGAAGAUGAUGAACUGCGGAGGUUUCGGCAUGGAAGCCACCUUCCUGCUGGUGGUAGGGUUCUCCCACAGUAAAGGCGUCGCCAUCUCCUUCCUUGUUCUGGCCGUGGGCUUCAGUGGGUUCGCAAUCUCAGGGUUCAACGUCAACCACCUGGACAUUGCCCCGCGCUACGCCAGCAUCUUGAUGGGACUGUCCAACGGCGUGGGCACUCUGUCGGGCAUGAUCUGCCCGCUCAUCGUGGGUGCUAUGACCAAGCACAAGACACGGGAGGAGUGGCAGUACGUCUUCCUCAUCGCCUCGCUGGUUCACUACGGCGGCGUCAUCUUUUACGGGCUGUUUGCAUCGGGCGAGCAGCAGCCGUGGGCCGAGCCGGAGGAUCAGAACGAGGAGAAGUGCGGUUUCAUCCACGAGGAUGAGCUGGCGGAGGAGACGGAGGCGGGCGGACAGGGCUACGGCAGCUACGGUGCCACCAACACCACGCAGGUCACCAACGGGGGCUGGGCCAGUGACUGGGACAAGAAGGAGCAGCUGGUGCAGGAGGAGGGCAAGGAUGUGUACAUGUACGGCAGCGCUGAGGACCGGGACCUGCCCUGAGAGGGGCAGCGCGCUGGUCACCGUAUCCCACCCCCCCCCCCCCCGCACCGCCACUAAACCACGGCCUACCACCGCUCCCCCACAAGGGGAACUGCAGGCGCUGGAAUCCUGAGCAAAGCACAAAGUACCGGAGGAACUCAGCAGGUCAAGCGACAUCUGUGGAUGUCGACGGGAUGGACAGACGACGUUUUGGGCCGGGAUCCUUCUGGGAGCAGAAUUAGGCCAUUCGGCCCAUCAA